ACUAUUUUACACACGAAAAUACAUAUAAUACACUCAAAUGGGGUCGUCCGUAGAUAUUCCGGAGGUGGAUAUGCUAAGUGUGUCCAAGAGCUCAGAGGUGGAGCGUCGAGCGAUUCUGGGCUUCGCUCCUCGUAUUAAUCUGGUGACCGUGGACUACGGGGAUCUGGAGAAAAUCGACACCUUCUACUUGGACAGCCAGAGGUAUCGCGACUACUACCGGGACCCCUACGACAAGCUGCCGAAACCGGAACGAUUCAAAUACCACCAGGGAAAAUGUGGCAUUAAGCUGGAUCACAGUGUGGAGCAGAUGCGACGCCCCAUCAGUUGGGUUGAGGAGCGCAAGCCUGUGGUGUAUCCGUUGAAAUAUGGCACCCCAAUGAGACUGGGGACAUCGGCGGCAUCCAUGAUGCGGGGCCGCUACGAUCUCGGCAGCUGCAUCCGCUACAAACGCUAGAUAGACUCUCGAGACCACGAGAUUUCUGUUGCUUUCCCAGAGGAUCCUAGUUCUCACACAGCAUCUGAUAUCCGGCAAAGGAUCGGAUCUAAGUGCCGAGUAGGCUUCACUGUAAAAGCACUAGUAAAUCAAAUAGUCAAUAAAAUUUAUGUAUUGCCUGAA